UGUGGCAGGAGUUGCUCGCAAUACGGGAGAAAUUUCUCACGUUGCGGUGUGCAGGGCAAUACUUAUUAAGGCUGUACCUCAUACAUCUUCAGGCGCAUGAUCCUUGAAACGUACGGAGGAGUAUUCUAUUCUUGAUAUUGUUUAGUCUCCCAGAUAGUACAUGUAAGACUAUGUGAGACUCAUGCCAUGCCAUGCCAUACUUUUCAAGGAUGCACUUGAAAGAUGAAUGACGGGCAGGUCUAAACUUAGGUUUUAUCGCCGAUCGCCUACACAGAGCAGACGCGGAAGUGGCAGAAAUGACGGGGCGAGAGGGUAACGGCAUUACAGAGAAUCAGCCUAGAGGACGAGACGCGGGUAAAGACAUUAAUACAGGAAAUGAAACUACUACUACUUCUUCAACUGGUGCAGAGAGGAAACUACAAGGCAAGAACUCCGAGAAGUCCAUGUCGGAGACGUCCGAUACAACCUCCAACCAGGAGAAAGUAUCUUCUACAACUGCGACAGCACAAGCAGGAC